CAAUAUCAAUCUCCCGAAUUGGAUGUUCAUACGAAUUAAAAAUUAAUAAUUGGCAAGCGUAUUACUCGUGUUCAUUUGUGUGGGGGAAAAAGGGUGUAUAUGUAGAAGUUGGAAAAACGAGUGACACUUUCUUUUUUAAACACAAACUUAUCUAAUUUGUGUUUGUAAUUGCGUAUUUAUUAAUUUUCUGUUUACCAAUAAUAAAACGAUAAUGUGCAAUCGUUAAAGUUUUAUUUAAAUUUUUUAACGCGAGACGACGAACAGCGAAUUUCGAUUGUCAACGUUGACACAGACAUUUCAUACAUUAUCUCUUUUAUGUCGAAAUUUUUAAGAAAGAAAGUAAAUAAUCUGAAAGUGAAAGUGAUAAAGGAGCACCGUACUUAACUUUUUUUCUCAGUACUUGUUGUAUUUUACACGAAAAGAGGUUAGAGUACAAGACGUUGACUCGACAAUUUUCUUACGUUUACUAGGGAUUUUCGCAAUAUAGCGUUACGAACAAGCAAGUUGAACAGAGGUUGAACAGCUGAUGCUUCGUCGACACCGGCGAAAUGUCAAAGUCUAGGCAAAUUACACUGCGUGUGCAAUCUUCAGAGGGAACAAAACGCAUAGAUGUAAAUCCUUCUGACACAAUUUCUCAGUUGUUUGAAGAGGUUUUCAGUGCUUUUGAAUUAAACAGCUUUGGGUUUGGACUUUACAGACAACGAAAUCACAAAGAUGAAAUCAUAUCUACUCGCAGUAGAACAGUUUCAGGGAUAGGUCUUUCUCACGGGGAUAUGUUAUAUUUAGCUCCCCUUAAUGGAACACAAUUGUGGAGCACUCCGUCAACUAGUAACACUUCAAAUGAUCUUUCACAAGACUCAGGACCAAUGGAUACAACAGAAGUAGCAAGCCGCAGUGUCACUGUGUCUCGAUCCGUACCAAAUGUAAAUGUAACCGAAGAUGAAGUUGACGAACAAUUACGAAAACUUGAUGGUAAAAUACAGAGAAAGCGCGAUGAAAAGCUAUGUCGACACGGUCCAAAUGGAUGCUGUGUUCAUUGUUCUCCGUUAGAACCUUUCGAUGAAGUUUAUCUGAAAGAACAAAACAUAAAACAUUUAUCAUUUCAUGCGUAUCUGAAGAAAUUCACUGCCGGUGGUGAUAGAGGGAAGUUUAUACAAUUAAAUGACAUAAGCUGCCGUGUAAAGACUGGUUGUAAAGAUCAUCCACCUUGGCCUCGAGGUAUCUGUAGUAAAUGUCAACCAAGUUCCAUUACGUUAAAUCGUCAAACCUAUCGGCACGUGGACAACGUCAUGUUUGAGAAUCCAAGUUUAGUUGAACGUUUUUUAAAUUACUGGCGCAACACUGGCCAUCAACGUAUCGGAUAUUUGUAUGGAAAAUACGAGAUGCAUACAGACGUUCCAUUAGGAAUCAGAGCUGUCGUCGCAGCUAUUUAUGAGCCACCACAGGAAAGUACAAAAGACACUAUACGACUUUUACCGGACGAUAGAAAAGCGUUAGUCGAUGAACUGGCUCAAUUACUUAAUCUAAGAAAAGUUGGAUGGAUUUUUACGGAUCUUAUAGCCGACGAUAUCAAGAAGGGAACGGUGAAACACGUACGAAAUAUAGAAAGUCACUUUUUAUCUGCUCAAGAGUGCAUUAUGGCUGGGUAUUUUCAAAAUGAACACCCAAAUCCAUGUCGUUUUUCUCCUAGUAAUUAUUUUGGCUCAAAGUUUGUUACCGUUUGCGUUACUGGCGAUGAUAAGAAUCAAGUUCACAUGGAAGGUUAUCAAGUAUCUAAUCAAUGUAUGGCGUUAGUGCGGGAUGGCUGUUUGGUUCCUACGAAAGAUGCGCCAGAAUUGGGCUAUGUAAUUGAAUCAUCAGAUAAACAGUAUGUUCCGGAUGUUUUUUAUAAGGAAAAAGACUCGUAUGGAAAUGAAGUGUCAAGGCUAGCAAGACCUUUGCCAGUAGAAUAUUUAUUGGUAGACGUACCUGCAUCUACUCCACUUACUCCACAAUUUACCUUUUAUGUUAGCGAUAAUAUUACUCCAUUUCCAAUUGAAAAUAGGCUCGUCGAUGGACAAGUUCAGGAAUUUAGUUCACUUUGUUCUUACAUGCAACAAUUUAAUCAAGAUGAAUUUCUAGAAGCAGCUUCAGACUUCCAUUUGUUACUGUUUAUCGCAACAAUGGAUAUGUUACCAAUGAAGGACCAUAUGACACCGUUAUUAGAAGCAGUUCGUAAUAAAGAUAAAGAAAAAGCAAUAGAAUGGGCAAGAUCUGAACAUUGGGCAACAGUUGAACAACUUAUCUCUGCAACUACAGCGUCUACAUUGCAUUCGUCACAGUCAUCCAUUGAUAGCAAUUCAAGAAUGUCAUCUCCUGUACUGGUAGGGGGAAGUGGAAUAGGAGUUGGUACAGAACCAAUGGCAAAUCCACCUCCCGAUCAAACACUCUGGACAUGUUCUCAUUGCACUUUUCUCAAUGCAGCAGAUUUUGCAAUGUGCGAAAUAUGUGGUUUGCCAAGGAUUUGACGCAUACUGUGUCCUUGCGGAUAUAACAAUUGUUUUCUACACAUCUUUGGCCUUAUUUAUGAGUGAAUAAAAGAGAAAAAAGUAUUUUUGA